AUGGCUUACCCAAUGAUGGGGAGAGAACACUUUCCAACUUUGCAAGUGAAGGAGAUGGUCCUGAAGUACUUCCCUGAGACCUGGAUCUGGGACUUGGUGGAACUUGACCCAUCAGGUGGAAGCGAGUUGGCAAUGAAGGUCCCUGACACCAUCACGGAGUGGAAGGCCAGCACACUCUACUUGUCUGGAACUGCAGGGCUUCGCCUCUCCCCUGUCGUCUCUCCUGUAGCCUUCCAGCCCUUCUUCCUAGAACUCACCCUCCCCUAUUCCGUGGGGGAGGGAGCCUUCACACUCAAAGCCACUGUGUUCAACUACUUGUCCCAAUGCAUUCGGGUCAGUGUGCAGCUGGAGGUCUCUUCUGCUUUCCUGGCCGUCCCAGUAGAGAAGAAUGAAGAAUCUCACUGUGUCUGUGGUAAUGGGAAGAAAACCUUGUCCUGGGCUGUGACCCCAAAGUCACAGGGAAAUGUGAAUUUCACAGCUACUGCAGAAGCUGUACAGUCUCAGGAAUUGUGUGACAAUAAAGUGCCUGAAGUCCCAACGCUUGGACAGAAGGAUACUAUAGUCAAGCCCUUACUAGUUGAGCCUGAAGGAAUAGAAAAGGAGGAAAUUUUCAACACACUGCUCUGUGCAUCAGAUACCGGAGUGACCGCAAAGUUGUCAUUGACUGUUCCUUCAAAUGUGGUUGAAGAAUCUACCAGGGCAAUAUAUUCAGUUUUGGGAGAUAUACUAGGCUCUGUAGUGCAAAACCUUCAGAAUCUUCUCCGGAUGCCCUAUGGUUGUGGAGAGUAGAAUAUGGCUUUUGUCCCUAACAUCUGUGUUCUAAACUAUCUGAAUGAGACCCGACAGCUGACAGAGAAGACCAAGGCCAAAGCCAUCAGCUACCUCAUCAGUGGGUACCAAAGGCAGUUGAAUUACAAGCACAGCGAUGGUUCAUAUAGCACCUUUGGAGAUCAUGGUGAUAGAAGUCAGGGAAACACUUGGCUCACUGCAUUUGUGCGCAAGUCCUUUGCGCAAGCCCGAUGGUACAUCUUUGUGGAAAACUCACACAUCCUGAAUGCCCUCACCUGGCUGUUAGAGAAACAAAAGAAAAAUGGUUGUUUCCAGCGUUCUGGAUCACCCCUAAACAAUGCCAUGAAGGACAGGGUGGACAACGAGGUGACACUCCCCGCCUACAUCACCAUUGCUCUGCUGGAGAUGCCACUGCCUGUCACUCACCCAGUUUUCCGAAAUGCUCUAUUCUGCCUGGAAAAGGCCUGGAGCUUCACCUCCAAGGCCCAUGGAAGUCUUGUCUAUACCAAGGCAUUAUUGGCCUAUGCCUUUGCCCUAGCAGGAAACCAGAUCAAGAGAAGAGAGCUGCUGGAAUCACUAGACAGAGAGGCUGUGAAAGAAGAGGAUUCAAUCCACUGGCAACGUCCUGGGAAACUUCAAGAAGCUAAGACACUUUAUCACCAACCCCGGGCUCCUUCUGCAGAAGUGGAGAUGACAUCUUACGUGCUCCUUGCCUAUCUUACUGUCCAGCCUGCUCCAUCUUCAGAGGACCUGUCUGUGGCAUCACGUAUUGUGAAGUGGAUUACCAAGCAGCAAAACCCCCAUGGGGGCUUCUCCUCCACUCAGGAUACAGUGGUAGCUCUUCAAGCCCUCUCCAAAUAUAGAGCAGCAACUUUUACUAAAAGUGAGAAAGCAGCUUUGGUCACCGUCAAAUCUGCAGACACUUUCUCUAAAGAAUUCCAAGUAGACGAUGCCAACCGCCUCCUGCUACAGGAGGUCCGGUUGCCAGAGAUUCCAGGGGAGUACAGCACCACCGUGUCAGGGUCAGGGUGUGUGUAUCUCCAGACAUCCCUGAGAUAUAACAUACUUCCUAAGAAAGAAGGGAAAGCACCCUUCGCUCUACAGGUUGAUACUGUCCCCAAGAACUGUGAUGAAGUAGAUGCUCACAGAAAAUUCCAGAUUCACAUCAACAUUAGUUAUACUGCGGACCGACCCAGCUCCAACAUGGUCAUUAUUGACGUGAAGAUGGUAUCAGGCUUCAUACCUGUGAAACCAUCAGUAAAAGAGAAUCUGAACAAAGAAAUGCUUGAAAACAGAAACUAUGGACCUCAUCAGAUGAACUUCUCUAAAGAUGAAGAACAAAGACUUAGGAUAGAAGGAGAGAAGAGAAUUGGAAAUAUAUAA